AUGAAGCUGGUACUUACUGCAUCCUUGGUGCUCCUUACGGGAGCUCUUGCCUUACAGGGGAGAAACGAUAACAACGACAAAAAAGGAGUCGUCAGAGUCAACCUCGACCACUCAGACCAUGAGAGUUACAAGGUGGUCGUCGAAUUAGGCUCUAACAGAGAAAAAGUGACUCUUUACUUGGACACCCAGGGUGGAGACAUCUCAGUCCCCGCCUCAAACGCCACUUGCUACCAGGACUACUUCGACUACGAAGAGGCCCAGUCCACCAAUUGCUCCCUCGAAAAUUCUUUCGACCCAUCACUCUCUUCUUCUUUCCAGGCCAAUGGCUCUACUCCAAACAGCGACUACUAUGACGGUAGCUGGGGGUAUGAUACCGUGGUCGUUGGUGGUUCUGAGGUUGACAAUGUGUCUCUUCUUGUCAGAAGCACAUUUGAGCUAGACGUCGAAGAGCCGGACGGUAUUUUUGGAAUCGGCCGCGUUGAAAACGAGCUUUCGUAUUUCCAUGAUGACUACACCUACGACAACCUUCCACUCAAGAUGACGAGCCAGGGCGUGAUCAAUAAGGCCGCAUACUCAAUCUUCUUGAACGCGAGCAACGCAACUUCCGGUGAACUUUUGUUUGGUGGUGUGGACCAUGCCAAGUACGAAGGACAACUCACCACAGUGCCCAUGAUUAAGUUUGCCGACCAAAUGAGAGAGUCUUUGGUUGUCCUUCACGACGUCUACGUAUCAGAGCAGGGUGUCAAAAAGUUUGACGUGACCAACUCCAACCCGUAUUUGGCGCUGCUUAACGCUAAUUACCAGUUCACGCGCUUCACUCCUGAGGUAUUUGAUCGCUUCGGGAUUGCCCUUGGCGCCAAGGUCAACGGGACCUCCACGUUGUACGACGUGCCAUGCUUUCUUGAAUCAGACUUGUCCAUUGGCUUCAACUUCAGUGGUGUCAUCAUCGACGUUCCCUACACUGACUUUUUGACCACCUACAACGGUUCCUGUGUGAUAGGAGUGGUCAAUCAAAAUAUCAGCUAUAACCCCGGCUACAUUUCAUUGGGCCAAAACUUUUUGAGAAACGCAUACACUGUGUUUGACUUUGAGGAUGAGACCGUGUCACUUGCUCAGGCCAAAUACACCGACGACGAGGACAUUGAUGUCAUCUCGGACUCCAUCCCCAGUGCUUCGCAAGCUAAGUAUUACUCGGCAACGUCUUACAACACCUCCUACUCCUUGGGCUCUGUCACUACUACGCUUUCUUUCGAACUGAGUGCCACUUUUGAUCUGUCCAUAGUGACAGAGACCAGCUCCUCCACUUCUACUCCGGCCCAUACCGGGACUGCCACAUCUUCUGCUUCCAACACGAACUCCUCAAAAUCGAAAGGUGAAGCAGUCUCUCAAUGUGUCGGUGCCUUGGGGUUGCUCUCAGUCCUCCUUGGUUACCUCUCCGUCUUUUAG